AUGGAGAGACUCUUGAACAUAAAAAAUCAUUUUGAGUGCGAGAACAGCUUAGAAGACAUUGGCUAUACUAUAUUAAAUCACUCCAUUCCCGAUCAAAAAACAUCAUUUUCCAAUAAUCAUCCUCAUUUGGGCUUCCAUCAAUGCCAGCAUUUUCAUGUUUACUGCCCAUCUCAUUUCAAAGGUCCUCUUGUCGCUUACAUUGACCCAGAUUCUCAUAAAUCUGACACCAAGCAAUAUCAUGAAGCCUUAAUUGAUGGAGAAAUUCUCAUAACUCAAAUCCCAUCUGAUGUUAUAGAAGUUCAUGUUCCUAGCGGGCGUUGUAUAGUUAUUCACCCGAAGCUUACGCAUCAUGGUCAAGCAUAGGUCGCAAUCAGACACCCCCAUCCCCCAAUAAAGGAACCCCCACCCCCUAAAAAUGGUACCCCCCCACCCCCCCUCUCGAGUUUAUCCUAUAGAAGUAAUUGUUAGGAAACAAGCAGAAUAAUUUAAAUAUAAUCCAAUUAAAACACUGUAUUGAUAAAUUAAGUUCACAAAUUACUUUAUAUAUUUAUGAUUAAUUAAUAAAUUUAAAUUAAUAAACAAUUAAUUAGAAAAUAUAUUAAAUUUGCUUUUUAUAUUUAUAAAUAUAAUGUCUAAGGUAUAGAUAAUAGCAUUGAUUAUUAAUGAGCCAAGCACAACAAUAACUUGCAUUAAAUUUAUUGAUUCAUAAAUUAAAGCUAAUCUAAUGGCCAUUGUACAAGGAUUGCAGGACUGAAUUGGUAACAGGAUUCAAUAGUGCUAUAAAAACAUAGUAUUUGCUAUUGCCAGUUUUACUUUUGGAUCUCUAAUUCGCCUCUUUAGCCAUUGUUCCACAAAGUCCAUAAACAUAUACAAUAUAUACUGCUAAUUAAUACCAAAGAUCAUUAUUAUGCUUGCUAACAAAUUUCUUCAGAUUUGGUGUGCUUACUAGUUAUAGGAAAUUCUCACCCCAUUCCAUCUACUCCUUAAUCGAUUGUGCUACGCUAUGUGAAUAUUGUAUAAAUCAGUAAUUUUUAAUAUUUAAAAUAAUAAUUUAUUUAUUUAUUACGUCUGCUCUAUUUUGGCAUUUGUCAUAUAUUUUAUGCUAUAUUAAGGGGGGUGUGGGUGGGGGUGCCAUUUUUUAGGGGGUGGGGGUACCAUUUUAUAGGGGGUGGGGUGGGGGGUACCACUUUUAGGGGGGGUGGGGGUGUAGGGUUGCUACCUGUGCUUAACCACGCAUCAUAUUAAACUGUUGUAUUAG